GGCAUUUUCUUCAACUUUUCUUUUUUCUCUUCUUUUUUUCCUUCUGCCCCUAUAUUUUUACGACACCUUCAUUUUCACGUUUGCAGGGUCAAAUCGGAAAAAUGCACUUCUCCACAAUCUCCAUCCUUGCCUUCCUUGCUACCGGCGCCGUAGCUACUCCGGUUCCUUCUCCCAACGGUGAUGCGCUGCAGACCGUCAACGAGGCGCAUCUACUCGCGCGUGCAGGCGUGCCGCCGCAGGAGAAUCCAUGCACGGGCAAAGGAAAGGUUUCGUGCUUUUUCAUGGGCACCACGUGCCAGAUCCAGAAUGGCGAGUGCAUAUUGGGCUAAGUUCCAGCAAUUGUCCGCUAUCAAAUAAACGAGGUUCCAGGCGAAUUUCUUUUUUUUUGUCUUUUUUUCUCUACCC